GUCAGAGGUAGCGUCAUGGCCAUAGAUGGCGCCUGUCAUCGGACUACAAACUUUUGACGUGACAAACUUUUUCAACUGUUAUGACAACUAACAGCAGGGUCCAGGGCGUCCCUCUUUUAACACCACGAGCCAGGGUCGGAAAACAAUCACAAGACCACAAACAAAGACGGUCAAGAUGUGAAGAUGUGACCUUUAACUCUUCCUUCCUCUGACCGGUUCGAAGAUGUAUCGCUAACAGCUAACGGUAACUAAGCUAGCUACUUUCAACAAGUUAGCCUGAUUUAGUUUAAGGUAUCGCGAGAUUUCACACCUUUAACAGACCGGUUUUAACUUUUUUAAGUGCCUGAUUGUGCCUGAAGACAGGACAUCUUCAUAAUGUGUCGUUUCCUUCGUUACUGUGUGAGCCACUGCCUUCAUGCAGCGAUGACCCGGCUGGAGGAGGUGAACGGGGAGGUGAGCGUGUGGUCGUCGGUGCGGGGGCUGGGUUACCUGUCCAGCCUCAACCUCCUCAUCGCCCUGUUUCUGGGACUCUACACCCGCUGGGAGAAGACUGCAGAGUCCACUCUUCUUGUCAUAAUAGUUCUGGCUCUGAUCGUCCUCGGAGUAGCAAGUGUAGUGUACUAUUACUUCAACAUGGAGAGGGUGAGUCUGAGCCUCCUCCACCUGUGGUUGGGGUUCCUAUUGGGGCUGCAGUGUUUCCCUAACAGUCCCAUCCUGGAGAGUGACUUGAAGGAGAAGGCUGCCAACUACCUGCUGCUGGUCAGUGUGGCUCUGAGGACUCUGUGGGCGCUGCUGGACCGGCUCUUUGGAUGCACAAGGUACCGUCCUGCUUUUCUCACCUCUGCAGAGAGACUGGAGCUGGUGGGUUUUGCUGCAGCCAGCACAGCUCUGCUCAUCCAGAAGUCCUUCAGUGUGAUGGUUCUGGUGGUGGCCCUAGGCAUGGUCAUGGUGGCCCUCCGGAUGAAGGCUCUCCUGGCUAUACCCAACUUGAUCUGCUUUGCUGUCAUCACAGGCGUGCUGUUCUUCAAGUCUCUGGAAAUCAGCACCAACCCUUUCGCCCUCGCCUGCUUCUUCAGUCAGCUCAUCUGCGACCCCCUUCUGGAUGUGUACUUCAGCGGGCUGUCUGUGACUGAGCGCUGGCAGCCCUUCCUGGUGUGGGGGGGUUUCCUUCGCCGGCUGUCUCUUCUUCCUCUGCUGGUGCUGGAGGGGACUUUCAUCGCUUUGGCAGCGCGGACGCUGACAGACCUGCACCAGUGGUACCUGACGAUCCCAGGCUUUGUAGUCUGCGGGCUCUUCUGGUUGAUCUGCCACAUGGUGUUUGUCAUCACAGUGUGGGGCUUUCACAGUAAGCUCAGUGACUGCCAGAGGCUCUGUGUGUUUCAAGGGUCAGGGGUCAACGGGCUGGACAAAGUGAUGGCUUCAAAGGGAGUGAGACACUUCUGCCUCAUCUCUGAACGCCUGGUGCUCUUCACGCUGGUGUCCACUGUGGCUUUGGCUGCUCUCUGUUGGCAGGCAUCCAGCAGUUUCUUCGUCAGCAUGCUUCUCCUCAUUCUGCCUCUGGAGUCUCUGUUCCACGGCCUCUUCCAUGAACUUGGUAGCAGCCUGGGAGGAACCUGUGUGGGCUAUGCGGUGGUCAUCCCCACUAACUACUGCAGCCCUGACGGUCAGCCCAUGCUGCUGCCUCCUGACCAGGUGGACGCGCUGAACAGGCGCUCCACCGGCAUGUUGAACAGCGUGCAGCGCUUCUUCGCCCAUCACCUCAUCGAGGUUUUCGGCUGCGACUACUCCACCAGCGGGGUGACUCUGGAGGCCCUGCAGGCCAAGAUCAAAUCCUUCCUGGAUCUUCGCACGGCGGACGGGCCUCGACACGACACCUACAUCAUCUUCUACAGCGGCCACAGUCACCGCUCAGGAGAGUGGGCGCUGGCAGGAGGAGACACUCUGCGUCUGGAUCAGAUCUUGGAGUGGUGGAGGGAGAAAAACGGCGGCUCCUGUUCGCGCCUCAUCCUCGUCCUCGACUGCGACAACUCCUCCCAGUGGGUGAAGGAGGUCAGCAGGGUGGAGGGUCUGUACGUGGCAGUGCAAGGGGCGACCCUCGCCAGAGUGACGGACGUGGAAGAUCAGGACCCCCCGCAGCUCGGAGACUUCACCGCCCAGUGGGUGGAGUACAACUGCGACUCAACCAGCAACAUCCAGUGGUCCGGGAGGGGGAGGGGCGUCUCUGCCGCCUACGGCAUCUCCAAACACUGGAGCGACUACACGCUGCACCUGCCGACGGGAAGCGACGUCACCAACCACUGGAGCAUGUACUUCCCGCGGGUGACGUACCCGGUGGUGCAGUUGGCGCUGUGGUGCGGCGGUUUGAACCUGCUGUGGCUCUGCGGCGUCUGCCUGCGAUGUCUCAAGAGAAUCAAACUCAACUGGUUUCCUCCGGCCGUACUGGACACCGGCCAGGGCUUCAAACUGGUCCGAUCUUAACACAAACAAGGGCUAUUUUUACUGUCAGGAGUUUUUAAUACAUCUAUUUUUUCUUAAUGUCAAUCUGUGUUUUUUUGGACCCUGGAAAUAGGCAGCUAUUGGAUCGUACACUUUGUCUCUAACCAGCAGCUCGUUUGUUACUGUAAAACGAAUUCCUUAGUUACUGAUGCAUUUUAAAAACAUAGUAACAGUUUUUUACAUUCUGAUAAUUAUUCUAUGCGUGUGAUUUUUUUUUUUAGCUUUGAUAAAACAAACAUCCCGAUCAGACAUGUGGGAUGAAAACCAGCACAUUGACACUGUUUUGCACAGUUGUAUGAUAUCUCCUGUCACAGCUGAUUCCAGCAGGAUCUUAACAGCAUACAUGUUGUGCCUUUCACCUUAAAGUGCAGCUCAUGACGCUGAUCGCUUGAACCUUAAACCAAAGUUGCCGAGGUACAUUUUCAUAAGAUCUCAGGCAUAAAUUAUAUAUAUCUAAUCUAAGCUGUGUGUUUUUUUUAUAGUUGAGAUGUUAUGCUGUUGUUUUAAUUUGACCCCUCUUUACUGCACUAUGCAUUCUACACUCGAAGCCUUGAGUUCUUUUCCCUGCACGGCUCUGCGUCUGUUCCUAAAGCCUUUUAUCAAGCUUUGAGGGGUUUGGUUUGAGUCCUCUGCAGCUGCUUCAGGGAGUCCUGCCUGCACUGAUGAUUGCACUACAAGCAGACAUGUAUGAGAACUAUAGUAUUUAUGAGAUAAUGAACCCUGUAUCACACAAAGGGGGGCUAUUUUCUUCCAGAGGUUUAUUACAGGUCACUGUGAUAUGCAAGUUUUAUUAUUAUCAGUUUGAUGAGUUUGCAAAGAGAAAAUCAGAUGAAGAUGUAUCAAACUAUGCAAUAAAGGGGAAGUAGGACUUCGCUGCUCUAUUUAUGAA